GAGUUCAGCCGCUCCUACACUCAUCAGGAACACUCUGUAGGAGUCAGAUUUAGCAGCCUGACUCAGCUCCAGUUCAGUAACACUUUGUUAUUUGAAGCAGAUAUUUCAUGACAUGCAGGAGGUUUAAGAAACUCGUCUUUCGGACCAAAAUCAGGCGAGGCUUCAUGCAAAGCGCCGCCGUGAUCACAUCCCAGCCGCCGGAGAUGCCGAGAGCUGCCUGGGGCCAUUUGUACCCGCUGUUAAAGACCUGAGCCGCCUUUCCGAACCGUUCUGGACUCGUUUCUGGAUUAUUAGAGGAUUUCCAGCAUGGCUUUGGUAACGCUGCAGCGAUCUCCGACCCCGAGCACGGCCAGCGCUAGCACCGCCAACGCAGAGACGGAUUUUGGGAGCGAGGAUGACCGAAGGCUGAAUCAGAGUCUGAGUGAGAGCUUUUUCAUGGUGAAGGGGGCUGCGUUGUUCCUGCAGCAGGGUAGCAGUGCACAGGGUCCGAGGACUCACUCCCACCACAAACAUGCAGGAGACUUACCUCAGCACCUACAGGUGAUGAUCAACAUUCUUCGCUCCGAGGACCGAAUCAAACUGGCGGUGCGGUUGGAGAGCGCUUGGUCAGAUCGUGUGCGGUACAUGGUGGUGGUUUACACCAGCGGCAGACAGGACACAGAGGAAAACAUUCUCCUGGGGAUGGACUUCAACAAUAAAGACAGUAAAAGCUGCUCUAUAGGGAUGGUUCUGCCUCUUUGGAGCGACACAAAGAUCCAUUUGGACGGAGACGGGGGUUUCAGUGUGACAACGGCAGGACGCACACACAUCUUUAAACCCGUGUCGGUUCAGGCCAUGUGGUCGGCGCUGCAGGUGCUGCACAAAGCAUGUGAGGUGUCACGGCGAUAUAACUACUUCCCUGGCGGAAUUGCGCUCACCUGGACAGGCUACUACGAGAGCUGUAUCGCCUCCGAACAGAGCUGCAUCAAUGAGUGGAACGCCAUGCAGGACCUGGAGACACUGCGGCCUGACUCGCCCGCCAUGUUCGGAGACAAGCCGACGGAGAGAGAGCGAACCGAAUGCCUCAUCAAAACCAAACUCAGGAGCAUCAUGAUGCUGCAGGACCUGGAGAACGUGACCUCUAAGGAGAUCCGUAAUGAACUCGAGCAGCACAUGAACUGCAAUCUGAAGGAGUACAAAGAGUUCAUCGACAAUGAGAUUCUGCUGAUCCUGGGUCAGAUGGAUAAAGCUACCCUCAUAUUCGACCACCUCUACCUGGGAUCUGAAUGGAAUGCUUCCAAUCUAGAGGAGCUACAGGAGACAGGUGUGGGAUACAUCCUCAAUGUCACUCGGGAGAUCGACAACUUUUUCCCAGGGACUUUUUGUUACCACAACGUGCGUGUGUACGACGAAGAGACCACGGACCUGCUGGCUCACUGGAACGACACGUAUAACUUCAUCGUUAAGGCUAAGAAGAACCAAUCCAAGUGUCUGGUCCACUGUAAGAUGGGCGUAAGCCGCUCGGCAUCCACAGUCAUAGCCUAUGCCAUGAAAGAGUACGGCUGGACCCUGGAGAAGGCCUACAACUUUGUCAAACAGAAACGUAGCGUCACGCGACCCAACGACAGCUUCAUGAGACAGCUGGCAGAAUACGAGGGCAUUUUGGAUGCAAGCAAGCAACGUCACAAUCGGCUUUGGCAUCCAGACUCCGAGUGUGAUCACCCUGACUGCCAGCGUCCGGCAGCACCCUGCUGCGCCGACGACUCAUCCCCAGAGGCCGGUCCCUCCUGCUGCGAGGCUGCUGCCCACUCUUCACCCCUUGCUUUGGAACUUGACCCCUCGAACCCCCAAAACUACAACUACUACUUCCGGCGUCUCUCCGACUCGGCGCUGGACAGCGAGCCGUCAACACCCGUGCGUAUGCCGCAGCCUCUGCUGGAUGUAGAUCGUGUCUAUAUUGAGAUAGAGGAUGUGGAGCGCGACGCCCUGCUGGAUGAUGAUUCGUUUGAAACACCCCGCUUCACUGCACCUGCCGGAGAGGGCACAGCAGCACAGACUUGCUCCCGUGGUGCUGAACCUCUGGAGGAGCUGCGUCUGCGUCUUGAAUUCAGCACCGUCGAAGAGGAAGACGAGGAGGAGGCAAAGAAAGAACAGGAGGAGAUGGAGGCACUUGCUGAAGGUGGGAGGAGAGAGAGGGAAGGAGGUGGAGGGGAGGAGAGUGGCAUCGAUCUGGGUAACAUGAAUCACUUGUGCAACGAGAACUCCAACAACAACAACCACCUCCGAACACAAAACAGUCUUGCUGAGAGUACCCUUAAGAAGCAGGCGUCUAAACCCAGACCAGUAUCCGGCUCUUUCACAACCCCCAGUACUGUCUUUAAUGCCAGUGGAAAUGGCUUUGCCCAGUUACCCCUGUGUGGUGUGCCUAGUAUCUCUACCGAAGUGCCAGCUUGCACCAAUGUUGCAGUCAAGGCCAUCACACCCACACGGCUAUGGCCUUGUGGCCCAAACUGCAAGUGCACCAAGUGCAGCAAGACAGCUUCAGAUUCGGCGAUCCCGCCCUCGGUACAUAAAGACAAGUCCGGAAGCCAGUCGCAGAAAACUGAUCUUCAGGAAACAAAGGAUACAGCAUUGGAGCAAGUGGUCAAAGGGAAUGAAGCUUCAGCAGGCAAGGACGAGGCAGAAGAGAGGUCUCCAGGUCUACCCAGAGAGGGGCGCUCACAGCAACAGCAGGAGACACUAGACCAGCUACAAAGGUCUGGCCUGGUCAGGCGGCGAGCUGAGAGGCUGGAGAAACUUUCAGGCUUGUUCCAGGAACGUUUCCGCGAACAUGCAGGAAGUGCUGCACAAGACCCUGCAGAGACACCAAAGCGUCCUUCUGCAUCUAUAGACACUUCUUCAUCUGGAACGUUUGGUACUCCAGCAGACUUUUGGACAUUGGUGCCACUUGCAGUUGAAGACUCAGGAGCACUGACGCCAGUCUCAUCGCCGCACGGCUCCACGCUGACGCGCAGCUCGAGCAGCGAUAGCAUCCGCAGCAUUCGUGGGAAGCCUGGUCUGGUGCGCCAGCGGGCACAAGAGAUAGAAACAAGGAUGCGCCUGGCUGGACUUACAGUGCCUUCCCGGCUAAAGCGAUCCAACUCAUUAGCCAAGCUCGGCAGUCUCACCUUCUCCACGGAGGACCUGUGCUCCUCAGCAUGCUCUUCUGACGCCGGCACCCUUCUUCUCCUCGCGCUUUCCCCAGAGCCAGAGGGCACUAUCAGUCCAGAUUGGGAUCGUGCCAAUCUCUGCUCCGAUACAACAACCAUGGAGCUCUUUAGUCCAGGAGCAAUGGGAACACCUGCACCCAGGAGCUGACAUUAAUGGAGGGCGAUUUGUGCAAGAUGAUGAUGUACUUGGACAAAGAUUCCCUUUCUGAAAACCUCCUUCUUUUCAAAGGGAGGAUUGGCCAUCCGCAAAUCAAUACCCAGGUUGGGCGUGAGGGUUUGCAGUCAAAAGAUCUCUUUCAUGGGUGGAUUGGAAAAGGCCUUGCUGAAGGUCCUACAAUUUGUGUGGAGGGACUGUGCUUUACCAAAAUUACAAUGUAGAGUUGAGGGGAAAACAGGGUUUGCAAACAAAAAAACAAAACAAAAAAACUGCUGUCCCAAAAGCCUUUCCUCUUAUUUGCGAGGAUUGGUCAUCUACGAAUACCAUCAAAGGGAACAUCCCGCUGAAGUUCUUAGGACUUGCAUGGAAGGACUGCACAGUAGAUGAACUAGCAAAUAGAGUCGGGAACGAACAGACCUUUUAAAUGCUGUGAAUAUUAAAAAUAUGUUACUCAAGGAAACAGGAUAUCCAAAUAUUCCGAGAAGGCUCUUGUGGUUUUAAGGCUUUUGUUGCAUGGAACUGAAGCUGAAAACGUGUGAUUAAAAACUACGUGUACACCGAGUGCUCUUCGGCCAAGCGUCCAAGGAAACCAUCGCUUUGGUUCCCCUUCCUGCUGAGCAGCCAUAUUUCACAAGAAAUUGCUACCUGUUGUCUGUUCGUCGACAUGUCUAAAUCUGGUUCGGUGUGAAUCCCAUCUUCCUGCUUAUUCACAUUUUGAAGACUCUCUGGAUACUUCUGAACAGCAAAGGGAAAAGGAUUUCCAAAUCACUGCUGGCUAUUUAGUGUGUGCUGAGAAGUUUCUAGAAUGGAAGAACACAAUUCAGUUUCGAUCUCUCUGCUGUUCACUCUACUCUGUAUAUCAACAGAUGUUGCUGGAGAUACUUUGCUGUAUUUUGCUCUGGUCUCAAUUCCAUGGUUCAUUUUACCACUGAAUGUUAACACUGGGCACAUGAUGGCGGUUAGGACUUGUUUGAAAUAUUAUACUGAAAACACGAAGAUGUGUUUUGCGUCUGUGCAUGUGGAAGAUUUUCAAGUCUUCUUAAGGUAUUUUGGAGAAACAGUGGUUGAUAUAUAUAUAUAUAUAUAUUUUUUUCUUUUUUGUUUCAUGCCCUUGUAGUGAUGAUAUUCUUGAAUGCUUUAAAAUGGAAGGUAUCACUUUAGCACCUUAGGGACUUUUUGGUAUUUGUCAAAAAUGUGAUUCAGUGAGGGCGAUGCAUUUGGGGGCUACGUAAAUCACUCCAGUCAUUUACCCCAGUUUUGUGUUUGACGAUGAGAAGCUAAUCCUGGUUGUCGUGUAAUGUCCAGAGCUAUAUUUUCCAGCGGUAGAACUCUACAAGGGCAGCUCAUGUCAACCCUUAACUUGGCACAUGCUCAGUGUGCUCAUAGGUCUACUGGGUUAUAGCACAAAUUAAAUAUAAAUCCACGAAUCUUGGCAAACACGCCUACGACAAACCAGCAAUGCAUAGCAGUGGAUGCUAAAACAUCCUGUGAAUGUAGCAUAAGGACAAUUCUGGAACAUCAGCCCCAGACAAGAUUCCUGAGCAAUCACAGUUACUCUGCGUUCACACUAGCGAGUACGAAAGCAAUGCAGCAUGUGUGUCGUCUCAUACCCCUUUUACACCAACAGGGAACGGAUUCCGUUCUGGUUCAUGGACCAAAUUUUGAACCGUCCCGAGCAUUUCGACCAAAAUUGCUUCCCCAUUCUGGUUCUGGAACUAAAAUAUAGCUGGUUUUUCCAGGAUCAUGCCAUCAGUGGGCGUAUCGUUAGUUUGGAGAGGAAGCAGAGCGCAACGGAAAAGGAUACAUCUCCAAAAACAAAUGGACCAAAACCAAAACGUCUGCAAUAACACAACAAAAGCACGUAGGUAAUCCAUGAGCACCGCCAUCUUGCUACGACUGUUUACUCCCAUUGUGUUGUAUUGUGCGACGCCCUCCGUUCCUUGAUUACGACGGUUCUUCUCAAAACUGGUGAAAACGCAGGAGGGUUUGCUCGCAGGCACCAAGAUUCAAAGAAUCCUGAACGGAUCUGGUUCAAGAACCCGUUCUCUGUUGAUCAAAAAGCAGUAACAGAGUUGCGAUUCCAGCAAUAAGUGACCGGGAGGAUGGACAGCGUUCGAAUUAACGUUAAUUAGUUUGGUGCAGAUUAGUUAUGCUGUGGUAAGCCAACCAAGAAUAAUUGGAGACGAUAAAUAUUUCUGGCCAAAUUUCACCCCAGGUUGUCUAUCUACCCAAUUCUACAUCCUUACAACUUCAGGUCAUACUUGGAUUUAGUUCCAGUUCUGCAUCGUUCGCCACUUGAAAACGAAACCGAAACUGAAGUCGCCUCAACUCUGUCUUCGUAUUAAACUGUGUUUUAAACGCAAGAACCACAGGGAUUGGUCGAAAUUCUACACUCGAGCAAAUCCACUUUGAUUGCUACCAUUUUCCAAGGAAUAAAACCUCACCUGCUAUCAAUGUGUCGAUUAUUUUCCUAAAACAGCAUGUCCCGUAAGUGUUUUAGCCCUCUUCUGUGACCGCAACUUGCUGUGACUUUUUAUCCAUUUACAGCUGCAUUUUAAAGUUACAUCCGUGAACGGUACAAGGUGCAGUAGUUCCUGUUACUUGUCGCUUGCGCUAGAGCAGCUAUAAAAAGCCAUUCCGUCACUUUCUCUUGAAAUUAAUAGCAAAAUACUGUACACAGCUCGUCUUCUGACCAAUAAACCACAAAACACGACAUCCUCUGUCCCAGGCCGGAAAUCUUGCUGAAUCUUACACUGGAAUCUCGUCAACAAUGAUAUGAUUUUCUUCAACGUUUACUGUUAGAUUGCGUUACGUUCCCGUGAAAGAGCUGUUCCUAUGGAAAUAAUAACGUAAGCACAUUAAUACAAACCUGUGGUUUUCUGUAACAUCAUAAAAUUAGUCCGCACCUUCUGACCGAUCAGAAUUAAUAAUCCAACAGCGCUAAAAGACUGAUCAGAUAAUCAUCGCAAGUCACAACGGUCGCGCUAGACAGCGACAUGUUCCAAUAACAGCUGCUAGUAUGAACGCAGGGGAAGGUUAUCGAGAUUUGAUUCUCUUCUCCGUAACGUAAACUCACUGAGAGCGGAAGAUUCUAGAUGAAGUCAGCCAUGACCGAUCAGCUUCUCCGGAUAUGCGUCUUGGUCUCGAAAGAGCUAGAAGGGUCGAGAUGAAAAAAGAAAUGAGGUUUGUUUUCUCCUCCUGGAUAAAUAUGAAUCAAAAAAACAUUUUUUUUUUUGAUAUAAUGGUUUGAAUUUUUAAAGAUAAGAUUUGAUCGAAUCUUGCUGUGCUUUGAAAUGCAUUUAAGUCUGAAAAAUCACAGACACACAAACACAACGGUCGGUGUGUGCGUGUGUUGUUUGUCUGUAUAAUUGCAUUCCAGCAUGACUGAGUUUGGGAGUUUGUUGAUCUCUACUGAGAUCAUGUGACAUGUAUCUGUCUGAUAUUAGCGUGUGCUGUCCUGAGGGUCUCAAAAUCCCCGUGUAUGAGAUCACAAGCUCUAUAUCUUCUCAGACGCACUCGGUUAUACACUCAUUCACUCGUCACUAGUACACACACUUUGUUAUUCUCGCAUCAGGUUUGUUCCCUUUAUUUCAUAUCAGUCAUUUCAAUAUCGAAAUACUUGAGUUAUUUUAUUAUGCAAAAUAAUUUUUUUAAUCUUAUUUUGUACAUCUAACAAUGCUGUUACGUUGAACACGUGUUUCUGACUCUGACUGAAGCGUGUCUUGUAUUAUAUUAUAUACCUUUGCAUGCGAGCGUGAGUGACGUCCCACACCAUGGACCGUGCAAUUACUGUGAAAUAUUUAUGAGAGACAACAAAAAAAAAAACCCAACCCUUCCGAGUGUGUGUGUGUGUGUGUGUGUGAGUGAGUGCACGUUAGUAUUUAUCCAUGAGCAGGCUCAUACGAUAUACACACACCACACGCUCCGAUCAAAUGCACACGCAUCACGAUGCACUGUAUGUAAAUAUGUUCAUAGGUGACAAAAUGGCCGGUACUUGCGUCCUCAUGACAACUCUGAAGGUUGAAUAAGGCACUACUGUAUACCUGUACAUCAACCUGAUAUCUGAAUUUUACUUCCAGAUCCUCAUAUCGUACUGUUAAAGAAAAAAAGAAAAGAGAUGUCUUUGGUUUCCGGAGCCCAUCCAGUGGCAAGGUUGGGCUCAGAUUCACCGAAGAAGCGCGAAGUCCGUACUGAUCAAGGAAAAGCUAGCGGUUUUAAUAUGACCAGUCAAGAAGUUUGAACAAAUUCGAGUUGUUAGCUUGUUUUUUUUUUAUUACCGAGGUGAAGCAUUUUAUUGUUCGUUUUCAUUUUGCACAGAUUCAGUCAUCGCCUGUGUUUUUACAGCAAAUGUGCGCCAUGUUGUUGUUGUUGUUGUUGUGCGAUUUAAAAAAAAAAAAAAAGUGAUAUGGAAGAAAUGCACUGAUGCAGGCCACUUUUUCCCCACUCGUCCCCAUAAACGAGAGCUGCCCGUGAUUUUAAAGGAAUAACUAUGCUAUUGUUGUUUCAGCUGAUUUAUUAUUCGCAGUUUCGAUCCAGCCGUCGCUUUGUAGCUGUGAGUUCUGUUGGGAACGAUUUCCUUAAAAAGCGUCAUUUUUAGCAAAAUUAAUCAAGAAGCCAAAUAAUCACCCGAACACAUUAGUGUCUGCAAAGCAAGUUCAUGACGUUAUCAACAGGAUAGCAGGAACAUGCGGUAACAUUAUAUACAGUUUACGUUGAAGAUUUGCUCAUGUUUACUAACAGAACCCGAACGUAAAGUGUUCGGUUUGGUUUCUUGUGCUUUUAGACGUUUUGUUUUUCAAAAUGUACACUGGCUUAUGAUUGAACCCAUCAGGGACAACAUUAGUCCAAACAGCAAGCAUCUUUUGGUUCCCAAAUCUGAUGGAAAAACAGGAUGAUUACAUUUCCUAGGUAUAGAGAUGAAGAGGUCGAGAGCCAUUUCCAUCCAUCUUUCAGGAGGGAGCCUGUGGAACUGUAGAGAAGCAGCUUUGGGACCAAAAGGUUGCUGGUUCAAAUCCCUGGACCAGCCGGAAUGGCGGAAGUGCCCUUGAGCAAGGCACUGAAGCCGCUCCUGAGGCUGCUCUGGUACAUCUUGUACAUCUCUCUGGAUAAGCGCGUCUGCUAAAGGCCUGUAAUAUAAUUCGCCACUUUUGGAAAAUGAUGAUGAGUUUAGGAUUUGGGAACCUGAAUUUGAUUUUCCUGUACGGCCUUUACGGUAUUUUAUUCCCAUUCUACUGAGCCACAGUUCACGCCAAGAGCGUCCCUGAACCCCCUUCACCCUCUCACAUGCCAUUGCCGUUGCCAUUUUGCCUCUGAUGCCACUAAGGAGUUGCUGGUCAUUCACAUGUUGUUCACAUUAGUGUUGCGUUAUUAAUGUUAAAGUGCCUUAUAGUGAAACACCAGAGGCAUGGUUCAGUCUGUAUCUUCCCUUCUGUUAUGUUGCCAACCAUUUUGUUAAAAAUCUGUUCACUUACCUUUACUAAUUUGAGUUUUUCAUCCCGAUUCGGCUUCGUUAUCUGACCUUUUUUUUUCCUAAUAAUAAAUUCUGGAACAGCAAACUUCUAUAUCUAUAUAAACACAGACACACGUAAUCGUUAUAUAUAGAGUUGCCAAGUUCUCCUUGCUCCAAACACGUGUUUUAGCACAUCUUUAGCUCAGCCAUAACCAAAGUUCAGUGAAAUGCCACUAAGUCAGUAUAGAUUUGAUGAGGUACAGACUUCGUGAAACAUCCGUAUAGAUUUCAUGAGGAAGCUCGUUUAACAUGCUCAGCUGACGCCACAUUUAUUGCACCUUUGAAAAGAAUGGUUUAAGAACGAGAAUGAGAGAUUUCAUCACUUCAUGAAUCCUAUGUAAUGUUGUGACGUAUCUGGGCCACCACUAAAGCAGCCAUAUCGUCGCUAAGGCCCUUCACGCAAAUAGGAAGAGGUUGUGCUGUGUCCGCAAUUCUCUUAUCCACUACUACUGUUGCCAUUAGUUUUGUUUUAUAUUUAAGUAUGCAGUAAUUUUGUCUUUUGUACCGCAGGAUUUGCUGUAGUUCUGACGCAUAUUGCACUUUGUACAUUUUUGUGGAAAUGAUGUACUGUGUGU